CUUGGCGCCAAUCCCAAGCGAGCAGCGGGGGAAGUCACGUUAUCUGCAAGGUCCAAACACUGGCUGUGACUAUUAUUAUAAUUAACCUCCUCACAUUCCAACCUCUGUCCCCCGCCAUAGCUAUUGUCUGCUUCUUUUUGACACCCAGUGAUAUCUCACCUUAUACUCCCCCCCCCCCAUCUGUUGAUUUAUUAAUUAAUUUCAAAACAUAUCCAUCGCUAUGGCCGACUCAUUGACCGAAGAACAAGUUUCUGAGUUCAAGGAGGCAUUCUCCCUUUUCGAUAAAGAUGGCGAUGGACAAAUCACCACCAAAGAGUUGGGAACCGUAAUGCGGUCUUUGGGACAGAACCCUUCCGAAUCAGAACUGCAAGACAUGAUCAACGAGGUUGAUGCAGAUAACAAUGGAACCAUUGACUUCCCAGAGUUUUUGACUAUGAUGGCACGGAAAAUGAAGGACACGGAUUCCGAAGAAGAAAUUCGGGAAGCGUUCAAAGUAUUCGAUCGUGAUAACAACGGGUUUAUUUCUGCCGCUGAGUUACGUCAUGUUAUGACUUCGAUCGGUGAGAAAUUGACAGAUGACGAGGUUGAUGAGAUGAUCCGUGAGGCGGACCAGGAUGGUGAUGGACGAAUCGACUACAACGAGUUUGUUCAGCUCAUGAUGCAGAAAUAGGCGCUGGUUAAAAACCUGUUCCCUUGAAACCCUAAGCUACCAGCUGUUGAUUUCACGUUUGUUACCAUGCGGCCCACCAUUUGCUGUCGAAUGUUGAAACGAACUACGAUUUUCGAAUGGCAUCUAUAUCCCUUUUUUUCCGGCAUGCUGUCAAUUUAUUAGUGCUGUACUAAGGGCGCCUCUUAAUAUGUCAUUUCAAUUGGACCCUCGAACACUUAAGUACCUGAUUGAAAGGCGCACCGGGAAAUGAUAGAAUGGAAAUGUUCGAAGUCGGAAUGAGAUAGGAUCGUGAAAGAUUGAAGAAAAGGAGGAAGGGAAAAGACAAGAAAAAAAGAAAAAAAAAAAAAAAAAAAAAAAAAAAAAAAAAAAAAAAAAGAUUGCGCCCAAUUUUCUGUCAUUAUUAUCGCGUUUUGCCUUCAUCCAUUUGGGUUCUGUUUAUAAGAUGCUUACAUCCUUUUCUUGCCCCCUCACCCCAUUUCCAUAUAUUUGCCGCUGAGUUUGUUUAGUAACCUCACCGCUUCCCCCCUUAACGUUCUAUAUGAAUUGAAACUUCCGCUACAUGGUAAUUUGAAAUGGCCUCAUGAACCUCAUGAAAUUUAACAAUAGAAAAAGCAAAUGGCAAUGAAACUUUCGCUUCUCUUGAUCUUAGUUUUAUGUUGACUUAUCUACCUCUCCUAGAGUAAAUGGCAUCCAUCCCACUUUUUGGGAACGCAGCCCGACCAUAGGGCUUUUCAUUCUUAAACACCCCGAUAUCAUUUAUGUAGUGUAGUUAAAAUCAAUCGUAUAUAUAUAAAAAUCUGACACAUCGAACGCCUAGCUCCCAAGCCCAACAAAAUGGGGAUAUGCGGCCAAUAACCAAAAGGAAGGGAGAAAAGCAAAAAAAAAAAAAAAAAAAAAAAAAGAAACAACCAUCCCACACCCUUGUCACUCUAUCCUUCUCACCCCCUUUCUCACCGAUUAAACCUGAAAACCUCCAUAUACUGCCUCGCCAAAUCCGCCCCGGCAAUCCUCGCAUUCACCGCUCUAUCCCCCAAUUUCCCCAACCGCCUCGCCUCUCUCGCCUCUUUGCCCAAGUGCGGCACACGAAUCACCUCCCGCGCCCCCUCAACCGCAAACCGACUCCAUAGCUCGCGGAUAAGCACCUCCCCCACCUCCCAAUCUUCGUCCGUCGGGAUAUCCUCUACCAACGCCGAUGAGGACGAGGGCGAGGGCGAUAAUGUCUCGAGUUGCGGGUAUAGGAUACCGUCCUCGUCACCAGGACCACCGCCAAGACCGAUAUUGCCAUCAGUGAUAGACGGCGGCCAUGUCUCACCGCCAUCGGUCAUGGGGUGGGUAUCAGCACCAGCAGCAGCAGCAGCAGCAGCAGCAGCAGAAGCGGCAACAUCGCCAGCGCCGGCGGGGCCACGAUAUUCGAUCUCGACAAUCGUCCCGCGCAUACGGGUUUGCGGGGCGGUCUGGCGCACGUCGCCGAUGCGGAUGCGGAAGUCGCCGAUUUCGAAGUGGUUGCCAUUGGGUACGGUGAUGGUGUGGCGCGGGCACCAGAGGGGUUCACAGGCGCGAAGGGUUAUGGCGUGGAAGGAUAUGUAGGAGGGAUAAUCGAGGAUCAUCAUCGUUUUGCCGGCUGCGGAGGGUGGGUCGGGUGUGUGCAGGGGAGGGUUUUCUUGUUGUUGCUGCUGUUGUUGCUGCUGCUGUUGCUGCUGUUGCUGCUGUUGCUGCUGCUGUUGUUGUUGCUGUUGCUGCUGUUUCGGCUGUUGCGGCUGCGGCUGUGGCUGCACACGGCCUACAUGCGUUGCACCCAAAGAUCUUGAGUCCCACGGGUCCGGAUUGGGCCGGUCAGAUAUAUAUAUGAAACCGUAUGGUUGGCGGUGACUAAGGGAAAGAAACUGCAUGAAGCGCGGUUGCAGCGGCGGUAAAGGAGCAUAAUCGCUUGGUGGUAGACAUGACGGUGUAUCUCGUAGCAAUUUGUGCUCUAGGGCCCAGCGCCCGCACAGGGUUGGAUUGUAUGCGGAUCGAAGCCGCUCAAUCACGGUCCCUGUUGCGGUUGGCGAGUUUUGGCUCGCGGGGAUGAAAUAUAGGCUGCACAAUGCAGGGGUUAGGACACUGAUUGACAGGAGGAUCCAGGGGGGAUUUCAUAAUGUGGUGUAUAGUAUGGACGU